GGCGGGAGGCGGGAGGCGGGGCGGCCGCGCUGAGUCACACCGGAUCGACCCGCCCGCCGCUUCCAGGGGCGGAGGUGACAGCGGGCCCGGGCCGGGCGGCCGCCGCUGCCCGCCGCGCCGAGGGACCGCCGGGCGGCGGAGAGCAGGCUGUAGAGCAUGGAGGCUGGCUCGGUGGUCCGAGCCGUCUUUGACUUCUGCCCGAGCGUAUCAGAAGAGCUGCCGCUCUUUGUGGGAGACAUUAUUGAAGUGUUGGCGGUGGUGGAUGAAUUUUGGCUGCUAGGAAAGAAAGAGGAUGUGACAGGACAGUUUCCCAGCAGUUUUGUGGAAAUCGUGACCAUUCCCAGUCUAAAAGAAGGAGAGAGGCUGUUUGUCUGUAUCUGUGAAUUUACAUCCCAAGAAUUGAACAGUCUUCCCCUUCAUCGAGGUGACCUCGUGAUUCUCGAUGGUGCUCUUACGGGUGGCUGGCUGCAGGGCCGAAGCUGCUGGGGUGCCCGGGGCUUCUUCCCAUCCUCAUGUGUCCGCGAGCUUUGCCUGUCCUCACAAAGCCAGCAGUGGCACUCGCAGAGCGCCCUGCUCCAGAUUCCUGAAUAUUCCAUGGGACAAGCCCGGGCGCUGAUGGGGCUUUCUGCGCAGCUGGAUGAGGAGCUGGACUUCAGAGAAGGGGAUGUGAUUACCAUUAUUGGAGUUCCUGAACCGGGCUGGUUUGAAGGGGAGUUAGAGGGUCGAAGAGGCAUUUUUCCAGAAGGUUUCGUAGAACUUUUGGGGCCCUUGAGGACUGUGGAUGAGUCAGUAAGUUCUGAAAAUCACGAUGACUGCAUUAUUAACGGUGAAGUAGAUACCCCGACAGGAGAAGAAGAGGGCGCGCCAGAAGAGGACGACGAGCAGCCAGGCACCUAUGGAAUUGCCAUCUACAGAUUCCAAGCCCUGGAGCCGAAUGAGCUGGAUUUUGACGUAGGCGAUAAAAUCCGAAUUCUGGCGACCCUGGAAGAUGGCUGGCUAGAAGGAUCCCUGAAGGGCAGGACAGGCGUCUUUCCCUAUCGGUUUGUGAAGUUAUGUCCUGAAACAAGAGUGGAGGAAACCAUGGACCUACCACAGGAAAGCAGCCUUUCUAAGAUCCCCGAAACUUCCUUGGAUUGUUCAGAGGACUCUUUUGCGGAGGAGGAAAAAGAACAUGAAUCUCACGAGGAGGAAGCAGAGGAGUCCAACUGUGUUAUUUCGGAAACAUCCGCUUCUCCCCCGGAUCAUCUGACUUUGGAAUGUGAAGUCCAGGAAGACUCUUCCUGGGAUGAGGGCCCCUCAGCAGGGCCCCAGAGAAGCCCAGGUGUGGGGCACGAAGAGCUCCUUGCCAAAGACUCUUCCGUGAAGGAUCCUUCAGAGGUAGUCAAUGGUGUUUCCUCGCAACCUCAGGGACCUUUUCAUCCCAGAUUGCAGAAAAAUCAGUAUUAUUCUACAGCAGGAGGGAGCCACGCCGGCUCGGAGCGGUCCUCUGACCUUGUUCCUCCAGAAGCAAGGACUAGAGACUACUCCAGCCUCCCUCCCAGACGAACGUACUCCCAGCCAAAAACCUUUCAGAAGCCGGUCCCGCCUCUUCACGGCAGCUCUUCUGUUCCAGCUUCGAGGGUAGUCAGACCCAACCAGUUGAGGCCUCAGCUCCAUGGUGUGGCAAGGUGUGCUAAAAAGCACCACACAGCCAGAGGAAACGCUUCCGGCUUUUGCUCUGCGGCAGAGAGAGCAGAGAUGAAGCCUGGUCCACAAGACAGGGCAUCCGCUGUGGAAGCGAUGGCACUUUUACAGGGAGAUGGCAACAGUGACCUGGACUCGAAAUUGACCCAACAGCUGAUAGAGUUUGAGAAGAGCUUGUCAGGGCCCGGCACAGAAGCAGAUAAAAUUUUGCGCCACUUUUCAAUCAUGGACUUUAACUCCGAGAAGGAUAUUGUCCGAGGUUCCUCAAAGCUCAUCACGCAGCAGGAGCUGCCCACGAGGAGAAAGGCCCUAAGGCCACCGCCACCCCGUCCCUCUACUCCAGCAUCCCCUUCUCCCCAUUUGCUGGUGGACCAGAACCUGAAACCUGAACCACCCUUGGCAGUGCGACCCUCUCGCCCAGCUCCCCUGCCUCCGUCAGCACAGCAGAGAAUGAACGCAGCACCCCGAAAGCUCCUGAGGUGUAACACCCUAGAGAAGGAGGGUCCUGGGAAUCUGGAGCAAACUUUGGACCAGACUUCCCAGUGUCCUUUAGUAUUGGUGAGGAUUCAGGAAAUGGAACAGGACUUGGAUAUGUAUAGCAGGGCUCAGGAAGAGCUAACCCGAAUGCUGGAGGAGAAGCAAGAGGAGUCAUUGAGGGCAGAGACCCUUGAGAAUCUGGAGUUCUACGAGAGUAACAUCGAAAGUUUGAAUAUGGAACUCCAGCAACUUAGAGAAAUGACGCUUCUCUCCUCCCAGUCUUCAUCGCCGGUGGCCCCUUCUGGGUCUGUGUCCACUGAAAACCCCGAGCAGAGGAUGCUGGAGAAGAGAGCCAAGGUGGCAGAAGAACUUCUUCAGACGGAGAGGGACUACAUUCGGGAUCUGGAGAUGUGUAUUGAGCGCGUCAUGGUGCCCCUGCAGCAGGCCCAGGUACCAAACGUUGAUUUCGAAGGACUUUUUGGAAAUAUGCAGAUGGUGAUUAAAGUCUCAAAGCAGUUACUGUCCGAUCUGGAAGUCAGCGAUGCUGUAGGACCUGUGUUUCUUGAUCACCGGGAUGAGCUUGAGGGAACGUACAAGGUUUACUGCCAGAAUCACGAUGAGGCCAUUUCACUGCUGGAAAUCUACGAGAAGGACGAGAAGAUCCAGAAGCAUCUUCAAGAGUCCUUGGCAGAUCUUAAGAGCCUGUACAAUGAAUGGGGAUGUACAAAUUAUAUUAACCUGGGCUCCUUCCUCAUCAAACCAGUGCAGAGAGUAAUGCGUUACCCACUGCUGCUGAUGGAGUUGCUGAAUUCCACCCCAGAAUCCCACCCAGAUAAAGUGCCUUUAACCAGUGCAGUCAUUGCUGUCAAGGAAAUCAAUGUUAACAUUAACGAGUAUAAACGUCGAAAGGACCUGGUCCUCAAGUACCGAAAAGGUGAUGAAGAUAGCCUCAUGGAGAAGAUUUCCAAGCUGAACAUCCACUCCAUCAUCAAGAAGUCCACCCGGGUCAGCAGUCACCUGAAGCACCUCACUGGCUUUGCCCCGCAGAUAAAAGAUGAAGCAUUUGAAGAAACAGAAAAGAACUUCCGGAUGCAAGAAAGAUUGAUCAAAUCUUUUAUCCGAGACCUGUCUCUCUACCUCCAGCAUAUCCGGGAAUCGGCAUGUGUGAAAGUGGUGGCUGCAGUGAGCAUGUGGGACGUGUGCAUGGAGAAGGGACACAAAGACCUGGAACAGUUCGAGAAGGUGCAUCGCUACAUCAGCGACCAGCUCUUCACAAACUUCAAGGAGAGGACAGAGCGGCUUGUCAUCUCUCCCCUCACCCAGUUGCUGAGCAUGUUUACAGGGCCCCACAAGCUGGUGCAGAAACGCUUCGACAAGCUGCUGGACUUCUAUAAUUGCACGGAGCGGGCAGAGAAGUUGAAGGACAGGAAGACUCUGGAGGAGCUGCAGUCGGCCCGGAACAACUACGAGGCCCUGAACGCCCAGCUGCUGGACGAGCUGCCCAAGUUCCACCAGUUCGCCCAGGGCCUCUUCACCAACUGCAUCCACGGCUACGCGGAGGCCCACUGCGACUUCGUGCGCCAGGCUCUGGAGCAGUUAAAGCCGCUGCUUUCAUUACUUAAAGCCGCCGGCAGGGAGGGCAACCUCAUCGCCAUCUUCCAUGAGGAGCACAGCAGAGUCCUGCAGCAGCUCCAGGUUUUCACCUUCUUCCCAGAGUCCCUUCCGGCCACCAAGAGGCCGUUUGAGAGGAAAACUGUGGACCGCCAGUCUGCCCGAAAGCUGCUCCUGGGCAUGCCAAGUUACAUGCUGCAGUCGGAGGAGCUCCGUGCCUCCCUCCUGGCGAGGUAUCCCCCUGAGAAACUCUACCAGGCGGAACGGAACUUCAACGCUGCUCAGGAGUUGGACGUCUCACUUCUGGAGGGCGACCUGGUGGGCGUGAUCAAAAAGAAGGACCCCAUGGGCAGUCAGAGCCGCUGGCUCAUCGACAAUGGAGUUACCAAAGGCUUCGUGUACAGCUCCUUCCUGAAGCCCUACAACGCCCGCCGCAGCCACUCCGACGUCUCCGUGGGCAGCCACUCCUCCACCGAGUCAGAGCACAGCGGCUCCUCCCCCAGGUCCCCACGGCAGAACAGCAACAGCACCUUGACCUUCAACCCCAGCGGCAUGGCUGUGUCCUUUACCUCAGGGCCUUGCCAGAAACAGCCUCAAGACACAUCUUCACUGAAGGAAUUUGACCAAGGAGCUCUCAGUGCCUCCUUACACCUGGGUAGUUCAGAGAGCAGUCCUUGCAGAUGCCCUUCAGACCCAGACUUCCCCGCCCAGCUGAGGCCCUGGGACUCUGCGGAUGGGGCCCGUGACGUAAGCCAGCCCGCCCCCACCCUGAGGAGCUGCCGAAACUCCAGGCCCCCAGAAAUGGUCGGUUACUCCACGCCAGGGCGAAACGGGCAGGGUAAGGACCCCGUAAAAGGAUGUGCAAGGACAGCUCAGUCUCUGGAAAACAAAAACGAAGAGCUGGAAAGCAGUGAGGCGGAAGGGAACCAGGUCUAUUUUGCUGUCUAUUCCUUCAAGGCACGGAACCCAAAUGAGCUGAGUGUGUCAGCCAAUCAGAGACUCAAGAUCCUGGAGUUUAAAGAUGUUAUGGGAAAUACGGAGUGGUGGUUAGCUGAAGUUAAUGGGAAGAAGGGCUAUGUUCCAUCCAAUUAUAUCCGCAAAGCUGAGUACACCUGAACCUGUCCUGCCUCCCCCUCAACCUUGCUGCCUUCACUUCCUUCUGCUGAAGGGUUCUGGUGGUCCACCGAGAGGGCACCUGCCCCAGAGACAUAGGUCCUGUCAGUGUUGCUUAACCAUGCCACAGCGGGGCACGAGGUGUCUUGUUCUCCUCCGUUGGGUUGUCAACCUUGAUGCUCACUAGAAUUUUUAGAAUUUGAAAUGGAUCCUUUGGCUUGCAAAUGAUUCAGUGACCAUGAGAAGAGGGGCCAAGUCUGGGGUCAGCCUUUGGAAAUGUGAAAUUUCCAAUCAGAAGAACAGUAUCUUAUAUAAGCUCGAAGCUGUGCUAUAGUGUUAGAAGAUGUUGGCGUUGGUUGUCCAGCACCGAGUUUGGGGUGGCCCCAUGCUCCACAGUCAGCUGACCAGAAACUGACUUGGUUGAAGAGAAUCCUCUGGGAGCCCUUUAGGCUGUGCCUGUGCGUGUGGCAAGGAGUUUGUUGAGACUGUACCAAAUCUGGUGUUUCACAUUGAAGCUUCAGUGUCCAGCAAACAUACACACACACCCAUCCCUAAUUUCUAAAAGCCCCUAAAGCACUGCCAUCUGUAAUCUUUUUCUUAUUUCACUGCAUUUCCAGAUUGGUUACACAAAAUUCAACUGCUUUCUCUCUCCUUUUAGAAAGCAUUUAUGGUCUUUAUUUUCCUUCAACCUUCAUCUGACUCUUCCCUGUUAGGUGCAGCCAUCUCCACCACCCUGACAGUCUGGGCAUCCUCCUGUCUCCUGGCCCUCUCUCCUGCAGCUCAGUGACUGACCGAUUUUCCUAGAACAGGAUCAGAGCUCCAGCCAUUCCAUUAAAAGGAUUCGUUCAGCAAAGAGCUGAAACCAGUGCAGCCUGAUGGAGGACCGGAUGCCUCUCCCCUUUUCCAAGCACACUGCCAUCCACAGAUGCAGAAAUUUGAGUGAGGGUGAGCAGUCCCAGAAGUCGCUGAUCCCAGACUUGGAAAUAAGCAUUUUCUGUUUCACACCAAGCUCCAUGCUUCUGAGACAGAGCGUAGUCGAAGCCAAACAGAUUCUAAAGUGCCUGACCGUACCUCCCUCCGGCCUCAGGGGGAUACCUGCUCAUCCUCACACUAAGAAUCUCCCCCUGCAGGUUCUACCUGAGCAGGGCUUUCAUUCUUAAGGUCUGCCCCAGAUAGGAAGCCUACCUUGGAGCAGGAAACUAUGAAUUUUGUCUGAAGAAAGGGAAUUAAGAACAACCUUACAGCUCCUGCUCCUCCAGCUGCACCUUCAGCCUUAAAAUCCUGAUGAAUCAGGAGACACCUGUGGACUCCUGAACCCCUGUGUGUCUGCGCGUCGGUCAGAAGGCAGCAAUGCAAGUCUCUUGUGAAUAGUGUUUAUAAUUAGAGAUGUUUAUAUUUAAGUAGUUAUUUUAUAAAUAAAAGCAUUUCUAAGGGC